UUUAGAAUGUGUCUUCCUUAUGGAUGCUUAAAGUGUUUUGUUUUACUUGAAGGAUGGUUAACAUUAGUAUUGGGUAUAUUAGCAGUAAUAGCUGCAAUAAUCAUCACAGUGAUAUAACGAAGUUUUGAUAGUGCUCUCAAAGAUCUUGGAAUAGUAUUAAUAAUUUAUAAUUAAUUUAGGGUGAUGUAGAUACAAGUGCAGUAACUGUGUUUUUUUGGAUAUUUGCAUCCAUAGUAUUGUUCUUAGCAAUAUGUGGCUUAUGUGGAACUAAACAUAAGAGUAAGUGUUUAUUAGCCAUAUUUAAUAUUGGAAAUAUUUGUUUAUUCUUAGCUUUUGCAUCACUUGCUAUUGCAGCUUAUGUUUUUGGAUCAGUCUUUAAUGAUUAAAAAUGUAAUUAAUCAAAUGAAAAUUAUAAAACUAUUGAAAAUUUAUAUAGUAUGGCUGAAAAAACUCUUUGUUAGGAUGCUUGUGAAUGCUAUUAUUCAUAAGAAGUUAAUUCUAAUGUUGCACCUGCUGUAAAAAAAUAUUCAUCAAAUGAUUCAUCAAAGGUAUUUAUAUAUUUUAAGUUUAGCCAAAAAAUUUUUAAUCAUGCCAAGUAUUUGAUAAAAAUUAUGAUAUAUAAGCAUCUGCUUUAUCAUGGAUGGAAGAAAAGUUGGAAUGUUCUGGUUGGUGUACUGGAUAUCCUAUUCAAUUAUUUAAUAAUGUGAAUUCUUAAGUUAAAAAUUAUAAGUAUAUUCAUUUACUAUUUAUUAGUAAUCCAUGUUAUGAUGCUAUGCUUAGUUAUUUAUAAGGUAUGUUUAAUACUAUGGGCACUACCUUAAUUUCAUUAGCAUCUAUUUUUUUGGUUAUGAUUGUAUUUACUUGUUGUCUUUGUUGCCACCCUAAAAAUUCAAAUAGGGGAUAAGAUUAUUAUACAAGAUUAGCAUAUGUAGCAGAUUGAAACAUAAUUAUUUUUAUAGCAAUC